GUAUUGAAAGAUCCGAUAAGCGGGAAUGCGCUAGAAGAUGAACAAAAAACAAUAAACGAUAUGGGUCUAGUGCCAGCAGCAGUGCUGCGUUUCGAGUGGGAUCCUGAUGUGUUUGCUGAACUGAACAGACAAGGACAACAGGUUCCAUAUCUGAGCGAUCAUUUCAUGCAAGAGGCUGAGAAGUUUGUUGCAUCGUAG